AUGCUAUCUCUCAAGGGCAAAAACGCCGUCAUCACGGGUGCCGCAGGGGCCAUCGGUACCCAAACGGCAAUCAGCUUUGCCGAAGCGGGUGCGAGUACCAUUCUCCUGUCGGACGUGUCCAGCGACGCCCUAGCGCGGCUUGAGAAGCUGCUGGCGUCCAAGCCCUCAUGUUCCAGCACACGCUUCCUGACCCAAGUCUGCGACGUCUCGAAUGAAGAGCAAGUCGCCGCUUUGCUUGGCCAGCUCGACGAGCACGGCGGCAUCGACAUCAUGGUCAACAACGCAGGCGUGUUCCCGACAGACCUCGACGGCGACGCCGUAACCGUGACGCCGCGCGCCUGGGACCUAACAUACAGGAUCAAUGUGCUGGGCACAUGGCUGGGCUGCAAGCACGCAGUGCUAAGCAUGCGUCGCGCCCGCAAGUCCAGCGGCAGCAUCAUCAACCUAAGCUCUGUGGCGGGUCUCAUCGGCAGCGCAACCUCACAGCUCGCGUAUACCGCCAGCAAGGGCGCCGUCAUCGCAAUGACAAGAGAGCUCGGCAUCGUGCAUGCCCGCGAGGGCUUCCGCUUCAACGCCCUCUGUCCCGGGCCCCUCGAUAGCCCUAUGCUGCAGGAUUUUCUGGAUGCCGAGGAUGAUGAUAGUAAAGGCUCUUCUGCUAGUGUUCCUGCGACUGCAAAGGGUCAGACGGCGAGGAGAGUGCGCAGAGAAGUGCAUCUUCCCCAGGGACGCUGGGGCACGCCGCUCGAGGUGGCAGGUGCAGCUGUUUUUCUGGCUAGUGAUGCUAGUUCGUUUGUAAAUGCGACGGAGCUGGUCGUGGACGGCGGGUUGACCAAGGCUUUUGUUACUCCUGAGGGCGCGCCGCAUCAUAGUGUGCUUUCGAGAUCUGGGCUGGGAACUCGCUCUAGUCUUUAA